UUUCUUUUUGAGGAGGGAAUAUGUUUUUACGCAUUUCAUACUGCAUAAAAAGGAGCAAUUUAAGCAUAUUCUUUCAGACAUUAGUUCAGGAAAGGUGAAACUUUGUUACUAUUAACUACUUGAAAUACUUUAAAGCCUAAACUGUUGCUGAGUGGUGGACUUGUAUAUCAAUAGAUUUACUGAUCCAUUGCUUUAGCCCAGGAAGGGAGUUAUUUACUAUUAUUUAUUUGAAUUAUUAUAAAAUUCCGAGCUGUUGUUGAGUUAGUGGACUUGUAUAUCAAUAGAUUUACUGAUCCAAGCAUCGCUGUAGCCCAGGAAGGGAGUUAUUUACUAUUAUUUAUUUGAAUUAUUAUAAAAUUCCGAGCUGUUGUUGUGUGAUAGAUUAGUGGACUUGUAUAUCAAUAGAUUUACUGAUCCAAGCAUCGCUUUAGGCCAGGAAGGGAGUUAUUUACUAUUAUUUAUUUGAAUUAUUAUAAAAUUCCGAGCUGUUGUUGAGUGGCGGAUUAGUGGACUUGUAUAUCAAUAGAUUUACUGAUCUAAGCACUUUAGCCCAGGAAGGGAGUUAUUUACUAUUAUUUAUUUGAAUCAUUAAAAAAUUCAGAGCUGCUGUUGAGUGGUGGAUUAGUGGACUUGUAAAUCAAUAGAUUUACUGAUCCAAGCAUCGCUAUAGCCCAGGAAAGGUGACAUUUCCUACUAUUAAUUUGAAAUAUUGUAAAAGCCUGAACCAUUGCUGUGUGGAUGAACUAGUAGACUUAUAGACCAAUGGACUUACUAAAAUAAGGAUCACCAAAGAAAAAGUGGCACUUAGUUACUUUUAUCGACUUGAAAUAUAAAAGCUUGAACUGUUGCAGUGUGGUUGAUCAGUGGACUCAUAGAUUUGUGGAUUUAUCGAUCUGAUAGGACUUAUAGAUUCAAAUUUCUUUAGAAUAUGGCUAUUUCUAAAAAGGAACUGGAAUUUGAGGACAUUCUUGAAGAAGUGGGGGAUUUUGGAAAAUUUCAAAAAAUGUUGGUUUGGGGAUUUUUGUUACCAGCUGGUUUUCUAUUACCAUGGUAUGUCUUAAAUAUUAUUUUCUUAGUUUACAUUCCUGACCACUGGUGUUAUGUGCCCGUGGUGGCACAUAGCAAUCUAUCAAUAGCAGCGCAACGCAAAAUAUUUGAAACUCACAAAGAUGCGGCCUGUUUUAUGUAUGAUUUGAAUUAUAGAAAAAUAUUAGAUUCAAAUUCCAAAUAUGUGAGAAAUGACAAAAACUUUGUACCAUGCACAAGUUGGCAAUACGAUACAACUCAUUUUGAGGAAACAGCAGCAACUAAGAAUUGGGAGGAAGCCUGUAUUCUUCAUAGUUGUUGCAGUAACGACAGUGACUGGAAUUGCAUCUGUUCUUGUAAAUAAUUUUAUCGUCUUUCUUGUUCUUCGAACUAUAAAUGGAAGUCUCAUGCCAUCAAUAUUUCAGUUACCUUACAUAAUCGCUAUUGAAAUUGUUGGUAUGACUAAACGCACUUUGGUGAAUUCAAUGGCAAAUAUUUCUUGGGGAAUUGGCCUUUGUAUCUUAGCGUUAAUGGCGUAUGUCACCAGGCACUGGGUCACUCUCGGACUCUUCACCUCCUCAUCCUGCGCCAUUUUUUUCUUAUAUUGGAAAUUUCUUCCAGAAUCUGCGAGAUUCCUCAUUUCCCGUGAAAGAUACGGCGAAGCCUUGGAAGUUAUGACUAGAAUCGCAAAGACAAAUGGAAAAACUUUAGAUCCAGCAGACCUGCUUUCGAAGUUAAAGGCUCUUGGAAAAAAGGCUAAAGAACAAAAACUUCAAUCGCAAAGUAAAGAUUCCGCAAUAGAUUUAUUACGCUCUCCUAAUUUACGAAAAAGAUUUUUUAUAGUUACAUUUUGUUGGAUUGCAAAUGUCUUCUCAUAUUACGGUUUGCAAAUCAAUGUUCAAAAUCUGGGCGGAGAUCCUUUUUUAAAUUUCUUCCUUUUGGCUGUGGUCGAGAUACCAGGUCUUUUUCUCUGUUGGUAUUUCAUGGAAAAAUGGGGACGACGAUGGGCCACAGUUACAUUUAUGAGUACUUCGGGAAUCGCGUGUAUUUUCGUUGGUAUCCUACCUGAUAUGCCACACGUCGCAACAAUAUGUUCUUUGAUUGGAAAAUUUCUAGCGACGGCUUCGUUUAUGGUAGUUUAUCAACAAAGUUCAGAAUGCAACCCGACAUCACUCAGAGCAAUAGGCAUGGGUCUAAGUGGUACAAUGGGAGGAGUAGCAAAUCUUAUAGUUCCUUAUGUAAUUUAUUUGGCAUACAUCGAAAAAUAUAUUCCUUUCCUUAUCAUUGGAGUAAUGACGCUUUUAGCUGCAGCUAGUGCAAUGUUUUUAGAUGAAACUCUCAAUUAUGUUUUACCACAAACAGUGCGAGACUCUGAAGAAUUCGGAAGAGAUCAAAAGUUUUUCUCUUGCAGCGGGAGGAGAAAUAGUUCCGAAGUUGAGAAUGAUGUAGAAUUAUCUCCUAAACUUCUGGAAGAUGGAUUGGCGGAAAAAGCAUAAGACUUGCUAAAAACAUUUUCGUAUGCAAAGAACUUAUUUACAACACAUGAUUAUUAGUUAUCUUGUAUUCAUAAUAGAACUGAAUAGGUAAAAAAACAUCAUUUGAAACAAAUAUGAAUUUUAAAAGAAUAAAAUUUAUUAAAGUUCAUUAAAACUGUGA